GAGCUGGGGAGGAGAUUUCAGGGUACCAGUCAUGUUUCUGAUAUGGAUUUUCAUGCUUUCUGCUGUUCCAAAUGCCUUUUCUGCCAGCUCCAUUUUCUGCCCGGACCCAAAGGCCAGCAACCAGAGCGCCGAUCAUGUGACUGAUUGUCUGGGCCAGCGCUUCUCCUGGCUUCACUCCAUCUUCGAUAAUUUCCCUUCGCUGCUGCAUUUUGCACUGAAGUUGCGCUGUGCGACGGGACUCUGUCCACGUGACCUGGAAGACUACGGCUGCUCCUGCAGAUACGUUCCCUCUGGAAACCCUGUGGAUCCUCUGGAUGUCUGCUGUGAGACUCACAGGAUGUGUUACCAGAAUGCUGCCCCCUGCAGGCAGCAGCUGCCUGCGCUCCCAGACAACUUCACCUGUUCAGCAGCAAACAGCAGCUGUGAUGCUGGUGACUGGUGUGAGCAGAGGUUCUGUGAAUGUGACAAAGCCGCCAUCGACUGCAUGACUUACAGCUCGUACAACUCGAGCCUGAGAGGCCUGGCACACUCGUCCUGCUCUGCUGCAAAUCAAACAGAUGUGACCAGCGAAGCCUUCAGAGGAGCAGAUGUUCUCUCAGCAGGAAACGACUCUGUGAGCUACCAGCUCUCCAGCUCCUCGCUCCUGUCAGCAGCAGAGAUGGACCCACUAAUGACCAGCAGGGUGGACAACCAGAGUGACACCGCUGGCGUGAACGUUGACCUCAUCACCCCACCGCCGGGGCCGCCCCUCCUGCUGACGCCUGCUGAAGAGUUUGAGGAAGGUGAAGGUGGUGCAGAGGAGGUAGAAGAAGAACAAGAAGCGCACACGAGUUUCAUCUCCAAAGAUUUGAAUGAGGCUGUGACAGAGGAAGCACUCAGGCUGGGCGAGAUAAAUCAGAAUGAGACGACCCACAGUCCUUCAGCAAUCAGCCCCGAAACGCUGAGCGAAGCACAGCCGACCGAACUCUCUGCACUGAGCUUUGGAGAUGGAAACACGGAGAUGUCUUCAAUACCUGCGACUUCUCACGCUGCCGUCACACCUUCGACUCCAACUACAACUUCUCUGAGGACUACAACUCCCAGAGAGCCGACACCAGCUGGCCAGGAGGAGGAGGAGUCGUCUGAGGAAGGUUUGGCCACAACUUCAUCACUAAAUUCAGCAGAAGCACAAGUCAGCAGAUCAGAGGAAAUAACCAGCACAUCCAGUGCAAAGCCCUCAAAGUCAUCUGAGGAAGAGCAGGAUGGAGAGGAACAGGAAGCUUCACAUGAGCACGGUGGAGGAGGUGUCACCUUCACGUUCACACCAGCAACACCUUCAGCCUCAGAGGACGGAGGCGAGCAGGUUGUCAGCACAACUGAAGGACAAGCGACUCAGAAAUCCACGAACUCGCCGUCGACCCCAACGAGAGGCGACUCUCAGACGACCUCCGUCAGAGCCGGGUCAGAGAUCGGCUCGUCCACCCGACCCGCGGCCGUCAGAGCCGGGUCAGAGAUCGGCUCGUCCACCCGACCCGCGGCCGUCAGAGCCGGGUCAGAGAUCGGCUCGUCCACCCGACCCGCGGCCGAGUCUGAGGAGGAGCUGCAGGAACAGUCUGAGGAAGCUCCAUGUGUGGAGGGAGAGGCGGCAGGCAGCUCGCAGCAGGAGCACACAGACGACCGGGACAUGGCUCAGAAGAGGACCGUGCCGUACUUCGCCUGGUCCCUGCUGGAGUCCGUGGGCUUGACCGACAUCCAGCUGCAGCCGGACAGCAAAGAAUGCAGCCGCUCCUUCACCGUGUACGGCGGCGACGGCCGAGCCGCUCGGGAGAUGGCGGCUCUCGGCGAGAUGCUCCACUGCCUGACCGGGCGAUGUCCACACGAGUACGAGAUGUACGGCUGCUACUGCGGCCAGCAGCAGGGCGCAGGUCAACCCCUGGACCAGCUGGACAGGUGCUGCUUCUUCCAUCACUGCUGCCUGAUGCAGAUCAGCUCCAUGGGCUGCAGGUCGGACAGGAAGCUCAGCGCUCGGGUCUCCUGUGAGAACGGCAGACCACGAUGUCAGGGCGUCACGGUGUGCGACAAGCUGCAGUGUGUGUGUGACAAAACCACCGCAGAGUGUAUGGCGGCGGCACACUUCAACCACAGCCUGCCGUCGCAGCAGUGCCGCGGCCCCACGCCUCCCUGCCGCCGGGCCAGCAGACCCCCCAAACCACGGCUUUCCCCUCAGUCCAGCGAGGAGACGCAGGGAGGAAGCUCUGAGCUGGAGGACACAGACACACCUCCACCUCCACGAGUCCAACACAGUGAUGAAAGCUCUGACCUGAAGGAUGAAGACAAUCCUCCUGCCGCGUUGUCCGGCAGCGCCACACCUCCGCCGCCGCCGCCACCGCCACCGCCUCCUCCUCCCUCCAGCGUAGAGAGUCGAGGGCCGGUGACACACAGUGGGAUUCAAACCCACAACCACAGGCCGAGUGCAGGGCACAGCCAAGGUCUCCAACCGGCUGGGAGACCAGCAGGGCCCGAGGUAAAGGGUGAGGAGGAGGAGGAGGAGGAGGAGGAAGGAGGAGAGGAAGAAGAAGAAGAAGAAGAAGAAGAAGACUACAGGAACUAGAGGCGACUGCAACUUUGGAAGAUUUCAUCAGAUUAUUGUCAGAUUAUUUUUUCCCCCAUCAAGGAAAAUUGUAAUUUAAAGACAUGACAACAAAAAUGUUUACUGUGAAUAAAGACAUCAGAGCCAGAA